AUGGGGGAGCAUGAUAUUGUGAUUACUCAGGAUAUCCCUUUAGCGGCACAGGUUAUUGAAAAGGGUGGUGUGGCAAUUCAUCCACGUGGAGAGGUGUAUACUUCAGCCAACGUCAAGGCUCGCCUACAUUUGCGUGAUUUUAUGGAUACUUUGCGUGGUGCAGGUGUACAAACAGGUGGGCCACCACCGAUUUCUGAGCGUGAUAAACGUGAGUUUUCGAGUAGCUUAGACCAAACCAUUCUCAAGCAGAAACAUGCUUAUGUCAAUGCAGAUCCUAAGCGUAUUUGGACAAUUGAAGAAAUUGCCCAUUGGAAUAGUGUGGGGGGAAAUGGUCCUGUAUUGGUCGGUUCAGCACAAACGGUUGCAGAUGAGUUACAACAAUGGGUAGAAGAUACCGAUAUUUUAUUGUACCUGAGCUACAACGCCGUGGUGUUUAUCAAACAGAAUAUCGUCAGGGGACUUUACGAGAAAAACUAUUUCAACAAAGUGCUUAUUUGCCAGAGAAUCAUCGAGGUGCACAAUAUCACAGCGGUUCCUUUGCAAUUUUUUGAAUUGAAUCAUGAUGCACAUGUUAUUCAAUCGGAUGCGGAAGCCAUUCAAGUAGCGAAAAAUUUGGCCAAAGAAUUUGCCAAAGAAGCAUCACAACGUGAUUAUGAACGUCGUUUGCCGCUUGAGGAGAUACAGCUCUAUUCACAAAGUGGUUUAUGGGGAAUUAAUAUUCCUCAGGCAUUUGGUGGGGCUGAAGUGAAAUAUCGUACUUUAGCGGAAGUAGUGAAGACCAUUUCUAGUGUAGAUCCUUCACUUGGACAAAUUGCUCAAAAUCAUUGGGCUUUUAUUGAGCAUCUCCGUUUAGAUGCCAGUCCUGAGCAGCAACAAUUUUUCUUUGCUGAAAUUUUAAAAGGUCGACGUCUGGGCAAUGCGUUUUCAGAAAAAGGCAGCAAGACCGUUGCUGACUUAGAAACCAAAAUACAUAAAACAGCCCAAGGCUAUGAAAUUAAUGGUCAAAAAUUCUUUGCUACAGGGGCUUUAUUGGCACAUUGGGUACCUGUUGUAGCAGUUAAUGAAGAGGGGUUGCCUGUGGUUGCCUUAACGCCACGGACCAGUACAGGUUUAGAGAAAGCCAGCGAUGAUCCGUAUACCAUUGCAAGUAUUGGGGAGUUAAAAAUCAAAUUACGUGCAGCCGAAGCUGUUUUAGACUUGGCUGGUGAUGCAAUUGAUCAAGCAAUUGCCAAUCCAUCUGAAGAGAAUGCUAAUCAGGCGGCAUUACUGGUCGCAGAAGCCAAGGUACCACCACAAAACAACUUGAUCGCUUCUGGCGCAAUGCGCGGGUCGUAUCUUCACAUAAUCCAGUCGUAUAUAAGGAAAAAGUGA